AUGCUUGACGAUCUUAUUAUUUAUUGUGUAGAGGAAAUCGCCUUUGAAGGAAACGAAGGUUGUGAGAUUGAUAAAUUAUGGGAAUUUGUUCAGGACUUUUUCAAUCAACGUUCCAAGAAAAUAGAACAUACUUUCUUACCGAACUUUUCCCAAAUACCUAAUAUUGAUGACUCCUUUAAAGAGUUUUGUUGGAAGGAGUUUGUUGAUGUAAAUAAUUUGGAGUUUGGAGAUGAACUAUUUAAAUUUGAAGAAGUCAAUGUCAAUGAUAUGACAAUACAAGAUAUUAAAGAUGAAUAUGGUGAAAAUUUUAGGAUAAGAGCUUCUCCUGAAUUCCAGAAAGAAAUAAUUUAUGGACAAGUUGAUACAACAAGAACUGUUACAGCACAAGCUUAUAAAAUUUUACAACUUAUUGCAAAACAAAGAAGCUUGGGUGCAACACAAUCUGAUAUGUCAAAAGAAUUGAAAAUAGAUCCAAGAUCAUUUUUUCAUUAUUUAAAAACUCUUUGUAAUUAUGGAUUGAUUGUUAAACUUCCAGUCGUUACAAAAGGGAUACAUACAAAUCUUUGCAUUUUAAAAAGGUGUGCAUCACAAAAUCCUGCUUAUUCAGGAAAAACUGUUUAUUUGCCCUCAAGAAAAACAAUCGCAAAUUUGAAACCGGGUGAACCAGCGUUUACCUUUGAUCCAACUGAUAAAAUAAGUUGCGGUGUAUCUUUCAAUUCUGAAUUAAUAAGGAUAAGAAUGACUGAAAUUUUAAGCAAGGCUAAAAAUAAAGUUAUGUUGGCAACAGAUUUAAUGAUGAUGUUGUAUGGAGUUCAUAAUCCAACCAGGAAACAACGUCGAUUUUUUAAUCGAACAACGGGAAUUUUAACUGCCCAAGGAUUUAUUGAAAAAAUACAUGUCCCAAAAAAAAACGCAUUCAAACAAAUGGAACGGUGUUUUAGACUCAUCAAAUUAUAUGAAAAAAUUAAAGAAUCUGAUUUGGAUAAAGGAAAGAAGCUUGCUUUGACAACCACCGAAAAAAAUUCUUCAAAAUUGCAAAUAAGUUUACAAAAAUUAAUACCUGGAAUGCUAACUGAAUUACCUUUGGAUUAUCAAGUUUAUCAAUUGAUCCAAUACGCUGGAAACCAAGGAAUAACUGCUGCUGCAAUUCAAAAAACUCUUGAUAAAAUUAAUAAUCGUUACCUUUCUAAAAUUUUGGACCGGCUUAUUAAACCACCACCAAAAUCGAUGCAACAUUUUGCAAUUAGGCGUGCUUCUGAAUUUGAAGGAAGAAUAAGGCGCUACCGGUAUUUCUCAUUGGAAGCAUUUAAAAAAUUUGCAUCAGAUAAUAAGCUUCAAUUAUCAGAUGAUGAAAAAAUUGAACUAGAGGCGGUACAGCCUCUGGAAUCUCAACUUUGCUGGGAUCCAUUAAUAAAUAUUGUUCAAUGUUAUGAAUAUGGAAAUAUGGAAGUCGAUGAUGAUUUCUUGCCAGAUAAAAAAACUAGAGAACGCCGUCUAAAGAGGAAAAAGAAAAAAUUGCUCGGCAACAAUAAUAAUGAAGUUGUUGCUACGGUUGAACCAGAAGUUCCUAAAAAAAGAGGACGUCCAAGAAACAAUGAUACAGACGCAUCAUCAUCGAAAACUAAAAAAGUUAAAUUGGGACGCCCCAAAAAAAAGGAUACCGGCACAUCAUCAUUGUCAAUUAGUCAACUUGAAAAUAAAAAAGUUAAAUUGGGACGUCUAAGAAAAAAAAAUACUGGCAUAUUGACCCAACUCUUGGAGGAACACAAGGUAAUGGAAUGUAGUGCAGAUCUUGUGAAAACUUAUCAACAAGCUUUAACAAAAGAAAGCGGUAAUGUAACAUCUAUGCACGUAAUUGACAAAAAAACUUUGGCUAGAACUGGUAAUGCAAUGGAAGCAAAAGGACUUCUAAAACUAUAUAAUGUGUCAUUACCUUUAUUGAAUGGAAAUUCUCAAAAUAAAUUGUUAUUUCUUCAUCCAAGCAUGACAUCCUCAAGUCCUCAAGUAAAAGAAUAUGUCGCAAGACUAAAAGAUAAAGCAAUACUUAUAGGAAAAUCAUGCAAGCCAACUAGGAUCGAGGAUAUGAAUCUUGAAGUAGAGCCAUUAUCAGAGAUGCAAAAACCUCAAUCCAAUGAGAUGUGGUGGCUUCAUACUGCACGAAAUUAUGGUUGGAUCAACGCCAAAAUGAUUCGUGCCAAAAUUUUACAUCAAUACCUAAUUUCUAAAUUCAAUGAUGAAUCACCUAAUAACACAUGCAUUAAUAAAAUCAAUAGAACAUUUCAAACCAUAAUUUUACUUCGUGAUAUGCCAUUAGACAUAUAUUUGAAGAUUAUAGGUCAAACAAUUCCCAGUGAACCAUUGACCGAAUAUGUUUGUUCUGGCCAGAGCAUGUCUGUGAGUAUUAUUGACUUGCCUAAUGAAAUCCGUUCAUCAAUCUUUUCAGGAAAUUAUAAAUUUCGACAAAGUUUAAAGAGAUUGAUUGAUAUUUUGGUAGCUUUGAAAAUUCUUAAACCAAUUCGUCGAGACUUUGAUGAAAAUGGUAAUUCAAUUUUAGAUGUUAGCAAUAAUGAGUCAAUAGAAUGGUCAUUGUCAAAUGCAACAAUAUGUAGUCCACCGCAAACAUUGUUGGCACCAGCCUAUCAACUCAUUUAUAAUGUCCCGAUGAUCGAUUUUUCCAUUCCUGGCGUUAAUAGACCUAUCAUACGAAAUUAUCCGCUAGACACGAUAGAAGAUGUUUCAAUUUAUUGGAGCGAAUUGCAAUAUGUCGCUCAACAAAAAAUAGCAGAAGUAGCAGCAAAUAAAAGUGAUGAAGAGGAAGAUAUUAGUGAGUCUGAGGAUGCAGGUCAAGAAGCUUCUGAAAAAAGUGUACAAAAGAAAGGCAAAGCAUCCUCUCAAAAUCUAGAACCUGAUCCUUUGAGAUUUAUUACUUCAUCUUGUAAUUGGAAUUCUGGUUAUCCAUUGACAGCUAGACAAAAGAAACACCUUGAUCAUUAUGUUGAUAGUAAAAAGUCUAAAACACCAUUUGAAGAUGACGUUUUGUGUCGUCAAAUUGCACAAGAGUCUAGCCUUCCAUUUCAAAGAGUAAAAGCAUAUUUUAGAAGAAUUGAUGAAAGCUUUGAAAAGAAAAACAAAGAAGCCAAGGCAGCAAAACAAAGAGAAAGAAGAAACAAAGUUGCCGCAAGAUCCAAGAAUUAUGUUGGUAUUAUUGCAUCAGCAAAUGGUGAACCGACCUUCAGAAGAAAAAGGAAAGUAACAAAUGGUAAUAAUAAGUCUGGACUAAAAAAAUCGACAAAUGAUUAUCAAAAUCUUGGUGAAAAUAAAGAUGUCUUUCAAUAUGAUAAAACUAAAAAAAAGAAACAUCAAGAUAAACAAGAUUAUAAUGAGGAACAAGGUUCGGCCACUAUUGCUGAUGAAGAUGAAAAUAACUCACAACGACGUCCUGUCUGGUCUACUCAGGAAGAUGAAAUUCUUCUUUACGCUUAUGUCAUUCUUAAAAUUCGAUCACAAAAAUUUAGAUUCUUAUGGGGAGCAGUAUUAAAAUUAUUUCCAGAGAAAACCAACGAGAUGUGUCGCCGUAGAGUAAAUGUUUUAAUGAGAAAUGCAGCUACUGUUGAAUAUAUAAAUUAUUUGAUGAGUAGAUGGGAAAAAAUAUAUAAAGAGGGUGUGAAGAAAGGGGAAAUUAUUGAUCCGCAUUAUUCCGAAAUGAUAGAGUUUGAUCUUCCAGAACAAGUAGAUUAUUUCAUAAAAGCAUUACAAAAUUUGUCAAGAAAUGAUGAACCAAUUCCAAUAAUUUUAUUGCCUUCUGAUAUCCAAACUUUAUAUAAGCAUUUCGUAAUUUUAUAUUCAUCACCAACUCAUAAUCAGGAUAUAUAUUACGAGGAUAAACUUUCAGGGUCCUCAUUAAGAAAAAAAAUGAGCACUCUAUAUUCUCAUUCUUUUACAUGCCGAUUUAAUAAUCAAAACAGCAUAGACUAUUUUAAUAUUGAAAAUCUUACAGAGAAAGAUAUUAAAUUAGAGGCAAUUCAAGCAUUAAUUAAGGUGCUUGUAACCGAGUCUCUUGAAUUGAUUAAAGAUACGGGUGUAAUUGUUAGAGUAAAAGCAGGAAAUGAUAGAAGAGUACCUGGAAGAGGAUAUCAUGUUUCUGACAAAUUUUUUUCUCAAGCCAUUGAUUUCUAUAGAAAAUUCAAUGAUGUUAUUCUAUUUGAAAGAUUUUCAAAUAGUGCCAAUCCAAAUGACACUUUGUUUACAAAAUGUGUUAUCCCAGAUCAUAGAAGUAGAAAAAUUGAACCAUCACGACUCCAUUAUGACUUAUUUUUAAAACCUAAUCUGAACGCCUUUAAAGAAAGAAAUAACAAUAAAAAUAUUGAGAACAAGCUUAUCAAGAAUAUAUAUUUGGUUAAAGACAAGGAUGAAGCUUUAACUAUUUUAAAAACAUUACUUGAUUGUCUAGAUCAAGAAUCGCAAGAAGGUGUUAAAGAUGUUUUUGAAACCAUUCUUAGUUCCAAUCAAUUGGGUAUUUCAUUAAUAUCAUUAAAGGAGCACCUUGAUAUACCUAAUGAUGAUUUAUUGAGAUAUAUUGGUCUGUUAGAAUCACAAAAUCCAAGUCUAAUAAUGAAUGUAGGCUUUAAUAAUUCUCGUUACGUGUGCACAUUUUACGCAAAACUUUGGUUAGUAAAAACAAGUCGAGCACCUGUGUCUAAUCCAGCAAAAAGAGUAAAAUAUGAUUACACGAUAACAGAAAAUGCUUUACAUGUUGGAACAAACUCAACAACAAUUCAAUCAACUGGUACUAGUGGUAACAGAUUAGAAACAAAGUAUCAUCAACAAGAUGAAACUUAUACUUUGACUAGAAUGUGGUGUGAUAUUAAUGGAAAUUUUAUUGAAUCAGUUUUUCGUGGUUGUCUUGAAGCUUCAAAUAUAUAUCGAAAACUCGCACUUGUUAUGUCACGUUGUGAAAUUCAAGAUAUAUUGGAUGAAUUGACAACAAGAAAAGCUGUAAUGAAAACAUCUUUUAUAAAGCCUCCGAAAGUUACAUUGUUUUCCAAACCACGAGAAUUUAAAAAUUGUG